CCCACCUUCAGCUCUUGGAAUCCUGCAUCCCUAGAGUCGGACCCCCACUCUCUUCCUGGUGCUGCCCCCAGCAGACUCUGAACCAUGGUCAGCAUGGAGCAACAAGCUAUCAGUUUCUUGGUGGCUACCCUGGGCUGGCUGUGCGCCAUCGUGAGCUGUAUCCUGCCUGUUUGGAGGGUGACAUUUCCGGAAGAUGAGACGAACCCAGAUGCCAGCAUUUGGGAGGGUUUGUGGUACAUGUGCCAGGUUCAGAAAAACAGCCAGAUACAGUGUACAUUGUACGACACCCUGCCAGCAGUAACUCAGGACCUAAGUGUGACUCGAGUCUUCAUGGUCAUCUGCAUCAUUGGAACCUGGCUAGGUUUGCUUCUGUGCAUGAUCGGGGAUGAGCGUCUCAAGUGUGUAAGGAACACGCAAGUUGAAGACAAGAUCAUGAAGGCAGCCAGUGUGCUGUUCCUUGGUGUUGGCCUUCUGGUGCUGACGUCCCUGUCCUGGGUAACAUACAACACCAGUCAUGGCUUCUCCAACCCACUGCUGGGCUCCAAGAAGAAAACAGAGACAGGUGCCUCACUCUACCUGGCCUGGGCCAGCUCGCUGUUGCUGUUACUGGGAGGCACCGUGCUGUGUUUCGACUUCCGGUCAUGCAGUGACCUCAGUUCCACCGCGGACUCGGCUGACGAGGCCUCAGAAGCCAAGAGCUGUACAUAGGGUUUUUGAUUCCUGCCGUGAGCAGGAGGUCCAGUAGAUUUACAAGACUCAAGACUUCUCCCCAGGUGAGAAACAUGUCCGUGGAGGUGCCCACAAGCUGCGUAGGGGUCCCCAGGGACGAAUCUAGAUGAGUUGUCACCGUGGUGAGGCAGGCUUCUUGCUGGUGAAGCUACCCGAGCCGCCUGUGAACCUGUAAGUGACCCCAAUAAAGUCAUUGCUCCUCCAAGCUG